AUGGACACUAUCGAAUUGAAAGCCGAGGAUUUGUACGACAAGGAAAAGGUCGACCUAGAGACAAUCGUCAUCGACGACGUCUUCAAGCUCCUCCAGUGCGACGAGAAUGGUCUUCCCCUUGACGAGGCCGCCCGCCGUCUCGAGCUAUUUGGCCCCAACAAGCUCGAGGUAGAGGAGCAGAACCCCAUCCUCCAGUUCCUCAGUUUCAUGUGGAACCCUCUAUCCUGGGUCAUGGAAGCCGCCGCCCUCGUCGCUAUCGCCCUCUCCAACGGUCAAGGCAAGCCCCCGGACUGGCAGGAUUUCGUCGGUAUCGUCUUCCUCCUUAUCGUCAACUCCGCCAUCGGCUUCUACGAGGAACGCAACGCCGGUAACGCCGUCAAGGCCCUCAUGGACUCCCUCGCGCCCAAGGCAAAGGACGACGACACCACCGGUCAUCUGCAGAAGAUUCUCGCCCAGAUUGGGUCCUUCUGCCUCGUCACUAUCGGUAUUUUCGUCCUCGCUGAGAUAUUCGUUCUGUAUGCUGGCUUCCGCUACCAAUACCGCCGUGGUCUCGACAACAUCCUGUCCUCCUCAUCGGUGCUCGCCAAGUACAAGGCCAUCGUCACCCGUAUCACCGCCAUUGAGGAGCUCGCGGGUGUCACCAUUCUGUGCUCGGACAAGACCGGUACUCUCACCACGAACAAGCUCACCAUCGACCGCAACACCAUCCAGACGUACGGACCUUUCUCGGCGGAGGACGUCAUUCUCCUCGCUGCAUAUGCUUCUCGUACCGAGAACCAGGACGCCAUCGACGCUUCCGUUGUUGCCGCCAUUGGCGACGCCUCCCGUGCCCGUGCCGGCAUCAAGCUCCUCGACUUCAAGCCCUUCAACCCCGUCGACAAGCGCACAGAGAUCACCUACCGCGAGGAGGCCACAGGCAAGCUCAAGCGCGUCACCAAGGGCAUGACCGGCAUCAUCAUCGAGCUGUGCACGCGCAACAAGACCGAAGAGCUCGAGAACCGGCUGGAGAAGGACGUCGAGGACUAUGCCACCCGCGGUCUGCGUGCGCUCGCUGUCGCGUAUGAGGAGGUCGAGGGCGACGACUUUGAGGCGGAGGGCAAUGGCUUUGAGCUUAUUGGCCUGCUGGCGAUCUACGACCCGCCCCGCGACGACACGAAGCAGACGAUCGACGACGCGCUGGCGCUCGGUGUGCGCGUGAAGAUGGUCACGGGUGAUCAGCUCGCUAUCGCCAAGGAGACGGGUCGCCGGCUCGGGCUGGGCGACCACAUGUACCCCGCCAAGGUCCUCAAGGACGGGCCCGCCCCCGGCGGCAAGCACGCGUCGCUCGACGAGAUGAUCAUGGACGCCGAUGGGUUCGCGGGUGUCUUCCCAGAACACAAGUACGAGAUCGUCAAGCGCCUGCAGGGACUAGGCCAUCUGUGCGCGAUGACGGGAGACGGAGCGAACGACGCCCCCGCGCUCUCGCGCGCCAACGUCGGUAUCGCCGUCGAGGGCGCCACGGACGCCGCGCGCGGUGCCGCCGACAUCGUCCUCACCGAGCCCGGCCUCUCCACCAUCGUGCACGCCAUCCGCCAAUCGCGCGUCAUCUUCCAGCGCAUGCGCAACUACUCGAUCUACGCGUGCGCGGUGACGAUCCGGAUCGUCGUGUGCUUCGCCAUCCUCGCGUUCACGUACAAGUUUGACUUCCCGCCGUUCAUGGUUCUGAUCAUUGCGUUGUUGAAUGAUGGGACGAUCAUGACGCUGUCGGUGGAUAGGGUGCUGCCGUCGAUGACCCCGGAUAGUUGGGAUUUGGCGGAGAUUUUCUCGUAUGCGGUUGCGUAUGGGCUGUAUUUGACUGCUUCUACCGUCGCCCUCGUCGUCAUCAUCAUGGAGACAACCUUCUUCCAAGACAAAUUCGGCGUCUCGCUCGCCGAGUUCCCCGUCACCGCCAACGACGAGCAGCUGCACAUGGUCAUCUACCUCCAGGUCGCCAUCAUCUCGCAGGCCCUCAUCUUCGUCACCCGCUCGCACUCGUUCUUCUUCAUGGAGCGUCCCUCGACCGCGCUGAUGUUCGCGUUCUGCAUCGCCCAGCUGAUCAGCUCAAUCAUCGCUGCGUAUGGUGAUUGGGGAUUCACGAAUAUCCAGAAGAUCAGUGGGGGGUGGAUUGGGAUCGUUUGGGUCUGGAACAUCGUCUGGUUCAUCCCCCUCGACUGGAUCAAGUUCGCGAUGAAGGCAACCGUCAUCAAGUAUCUCCGCGAGCGACACGAGGCCGCCCAAGCGCAAGAAGCGAAGAUGGGCGUGCCCAUGACACGUACACAGUCCCGCGCCGCCUCCAUCCACGAGAGCCUGUACUCGAACCGUGUGAGCUUCAUCAAGCGCGCGGCGCGCAAGGUCGGCUUUGGGCAGAAGAUCAGCAUGAAGCCGGAGGAGCUGCAGAGGUUUAGUAGUAUCCAGGCGCAGAGGGUUGGGGCGACGUUGGCGAGGAACCCGAGUCGGACGGCUGUCGUUGCGUGA